AUGGAGCUCAUCAGGAGUUUAACGGAAGAAGAAAUUGAAGAAAGCCAAUUAAAACAACAGAUACUCUCUCAAGGACACGAAAAUUCACGGAAAACAUGGGAGACAGGGAUGGGUUCAGCGCUGGGAACAAGGGAGGCUGAGCUGAAUCCGGACAACAUAAUUUCAACGAAUCCACAAUCGUUAGAUGUUACGCCAGCAAUAUCGGAGGAAGCAGUUGUGGAUAACAUUAACCAAUGGAGACAAGGUAUGGCGGAAUCACAUGGUGUGAUACAAAAAUUUACGACGCUAAACGAUGAGUUUACUGAAAGAAUCAAAGAAGAAAACAGGGAAAUUGACGAAAAGAACAUUAGUGUUGAAAGAGCAACAAAAAGCAAAAUGGAAAAGAAUAUAAAAAGAGAUGGAGAGUUGAAGAUAAGGAGUAGUUAA